AGUUUUCGCAGGGUGUCAUACAACAGUGGUCCGCUUUCAGGAUUCCAAUGCAAUGUCGUACUCGCAGCUAUAGCCCGAACAGGAAGUUCAAGAAGCUGCACACGCAAUGUAUUUUUUACUGAAACGAUACCUGGAGUUCGCAUGCAUAAGCUGAAACCUCCUACGAAAAGCCAUUUCCAAUUUGCCGUCAUCACAUCUCCCUGUUGGGGGCGAAACACGAGGAAGAGCUGGCUCCUUUGGAGAAGUAGGACUUCUCUCAUCUGCAGUCGAAAGUAAAAAACUCAUUGUAUAUUAAAUAAUUCUCUCAAGACACGCUCAAGCACAAAAAGUUCUCGCUUGACCUCGUCCCGUGGUGAGGACAUACAACCUAAACGGAGGUGAAAGCAAUUUUUUCCAAUAAGGACUAUCUGAGUAGAAAUCGAAAGAAUUAUGGUCGCUCAACAAGCUCCUGCACCCGCUUCAACAGGAGCGGCCGCGGACAAUAAAUGGGCGAAAUUUCUACCGGAGCCCAAGCAGGUGGAGUUUACGGCCACCCUUUGCGCCGACAAGGAGGGGAUGAUGACGCAGGCGCAGGUGAAGCUCUUUCUCCGCGGCUAUGAAUUGUAAAAAUGUCUGGGCCUGGAAGGUUGGGACUUGUAAUGCCAGCUUUCCGUACCUAGAAAAUAUGUAUUGCAUAACCAACAAAAGUCGCAGCCUCUUUUGUCAUGCAAAAACGCAGUUUCUCAUGCGGAUUGCCUAUGAGAAAGCUUUUUGGGAAGUUGUCGUGCCGGACUGCAUUCGGAAGUGUUUUCAUCAUGCACAUUUCAGCAUCACAAGUUUCCAGACCCCGACAUUUUUGCAUUUGAUAGCGGCAUGGGGCUAACGAUCCGGGAGAACGAGUUCGCGAAAAAGAUUUUCAGCAAGGCGACCACCUCCCACCAGGUGCAGGAGCUCUCGCCCAACAAGCAAUCCGGUACGACGGAGCCGAACGCGGACUCGCUGUUCCUCGGGGACCCGAGUUCGGUGAAAAUAUCCUGUGCAAAAGUAUCGUACUCGUAUUGCAAUCAUGCAUUACAAAUCUUGUUCUCAAGGCAAAUCCGCAUUACAAAUUUUAUUUUUCAUGUUGAGGAAAUUUGUAAUGCAUUUAUACGAGUGCGAUACUUUUGCAAUCCAUAGAAAAGUAGCGGGGACAAAGUUUACAGCAAGGAAAAGGUGAUCGAGUGGUUUUCCGCCAACAAGGAGCAUUUCCAGCACCUAAAUCGCGACCAGGCCGAAAAGGCUUUGGAAACCCUGCAACCCCACGUUUCAGGCGGCGCGAAAGACCGGGUCAGUUUGAAGCUGUUGAAGCACGUGCUGGCGAACUUAUGCUGUGCAAAUUUUCAGUAUCGUGCUCGUACUUCCAAUUACUAUCUAUUAUACUAGCCCGGGGGAAGGAAUCUGCAUCCCGAAGCGAAAUCGAGAGCACCGGGGGGGGAGAAAGCAGAACUAGAAGGGGCGGGCCCUCAGUCGGGCUCUGAGUGGAUAUGAUUCACGGCGAACGUUGACACCUAGGGAAAAAGGCGCACGAUCUGGGUAGCAUUUAAGUCGGGGGCGUGUUUCUUGUUGGCAAUGGUUUUUGGGUGCGAGUUGUGACGAAAUUUGCGGAGCGAGCGGGGGAAUUUUUUUUGGGGCUGGUCGCUCGCGUUUGAAGAGCGUGGCCCGCUGCACAUUUUGCGCAGGGAAAGCUGCAGAACGGUGGCGCGUGUGAUUUAGUGCCCUGACUUGGCUGGGAUCUGAAGCGGGAGGGCGGCCGCGGCGGCUCCUUCUCUAUGUGCGGACAGAGUCCGGGGGCGGCUUCCUUACCGUUUUCGGUUUUGUUUUCUGGGGGGCUGUGGCUUUAUCAUAGAACUGCUGGGGAGGCCGCGAGGCCCGGCAAUUCUUUGGUAAGCUGGGCAGCCGGAGGCCCAAGAAGGUGGGGGGCCUGGGGGGCUGGCUAGCGGGGGGGUUGGGUCUUGGGGGCAGGCUCGCUGGGAAGGCGGGGGGCUUGGGGGCUGGGGGGGCCAAAGGCUAAAAACUGCAAAAACGAAGGGGCCUCGGCGUAGCUUUUGCUUAGAGCGGGAGGACUUUCGCGCCGCCUCCUUCUCUAUGUGCGAACAGUUUCCGGAAGCUUUUCCGCCUUAUUUUUUGUCGCGGCGGUUGUUUUUCUGUCAUAGAACUGCUAAGGCAACCGAGCGGCCAGCAGCUCCAUGGAAAAGCCCAGCGGCCGCAGAGCCCAAAGGAGGCGCGGCGGGGCCCCGCUGCUGCAGCUUCGCAGCUUCAGCAGCUAGAUUGGCUGGCGCGCCUGAAACAACUGCGGCGGCUCGAUGAGUAAGCUGAGCAGGCAGGAAAAGCCCGGAGUUGCUACAAAACCGGCCGUAGCUAACAAGCCGGCAGGCUUCAGGUAACAGACCGGCUUUAGGUAAAAAACCGGCUUUAGCUGAAAAGCCGGCUUUUGCUAAAAAGCCGGCUUCAGCUAAAAAAUCGGCUUCAGCUGAGCUAAAAGCAAACCGGGAAGCCGGGAAACCGGGAAACCGGGAAACCGGGAAACCGGGGAGCCCUGGAGUGGUUUCGGGUAAGGGUAUCGCUGGAGUGGUUUCGGGUAAGGGUAUCGCUGGAGUGGUUUCGGGUAAGGGUGUCGCUGGAGUGGUUUCGGGUAAGGGUAUCGCUGGAGUGGUUUUGCAUAAGGGUACGCGGGGGGUGAUUAAGUGCUUCACGAUUUCAGUGGUUUCGGGCAAUUUCCGUCGCUUUUGGGUCUAUAUAUAUUCAUGCGAAAAUAUUGUUCUAGAGAGGGUAAACGAGAGGUGGCAGGGAGGUCAAAAAGAGGUCAAAAGAGGUAAAAAAGAGGUCGACAGAGGUGGAGGGGUGGCGCGGGAGGUAAUUCGAGAGGGUGGCCGAGAGGGGGCGCGAGUAUAGCCCGCCGAACCGGUCACCCUUAAGGGCCGCCAAGCGGCACGGAGGUGGCCGAGAGGUAAAAAAGAGGGCAAGCGAGAGGUGGACAGAGGUGCCGAGAGGUUGCGCGAAUAAGGAGAGACCUCUCGCGCACCCUCUGGGCCACCUCUCGGCCACCUUUGUAGACCUCUACCGGCGAGUAUAGCCGGAUUAUUAGCAACACCUCUCGGAAGAGGUGAAAAAGAGGGUCUGCGAGAGGGGUAAAAAAAUCCGAAUCCGCCCCGCACAGGGCUGAUUUUUUUGCGGCCCUUUCAUGCAAAAGCCGGAACCCUCUCGCGCCACCCUCUCGCGCACCCUCUCGCGCCACCCUCUUGCGCCACCCUCUUGCGCCACCCUCUCGCGCCAACGAACAGUUUUAUUUCCCCGGGGAAUGAGGUGGGCGGGCGCGGGGUGGUGAUAAACAAAGAGCAGCGCCGGCCUCUGUCUGAUUCUUUCGGCACGCACCUACGCCGGGUCGGCAUCUCUUCGCCCGCAAGGUUUACUGCAGCUGCCCCCUGCGCAUAGCGCCUAAAGGCGCGGGAAGCGCGCAGGAGGCCCUGCGAGUUGACCUCGCGCAAAAUGGCGCUCAAAGUUUCCUCGGUCCGUCACGCUGUGCCCAAAGCUUUUGUGUCGCGGCCCGAUCCGCAAAUAGUCAAACCCCAGCACAACAGCCUUGCGCUCCGGCGUUAGCCGGAGCACGGCUGGUUGCAAUCAUGGAUGAGGAUGACAGGGCACCUGUUUUGUUCAAAGGAGCUAAUUUUGAUUUAGCAGUGGAAAUUCCAAUGUUCUUUCCUUUUGAAGAGAUGAGAAGUUGUAAUGUAGUCUUCACGUAAGUUGUGCAGUACUACGAUAUUGGUUUGCAAUGCAUAGAAAUUGGGUGACGACAAGAUCGACGCGAAGUUGUUCACCAAGAUCUUGAUAUCCACUGCAAAAAAUGUGCCUGGAUCUUUGUCAUGCUUGUCUGACAUGACUCUGAGUUCUGUGAUGCGUGAACGCGAAGAGCAGAUCCUCUUGAUGGCUGUCAUGCAAAAACGCAGCUUGCCUUGCGGAUGCGGAGUUGUACGCAAUAGAUUGCAACACCCCGAGAACAAGAACUUUCCAUGCGUGGGCAUGCAUUGCACGGCGCCCGGCAUUCACAGUGACUAGCUUUACAACUUCCCAGGGCCAGACAUAUUUGCCCUGCAUACUUGAAAUAUGGGGACGAAAAUGUUCCGGUCGCCGAGCUUCUGAACGCGUUGCGGACGGCACAGGCACCGUCGAGCUACAAGUGAAUAGUACGCACAGGAACUGCGGCCGGGGUGGAGGAUUGGUGGACGGAGCUUGUGAUGGUGCAAUCUCGGAGUUGCUUGGUGUUGGAGGUGUAACUAAGAGCGACUCUUCUUCCUUUUGACCCCUGCUACAACUUGUAGCUCAGGACAGCACGACUGGUGAGCGUGAGCUGCACCCCCAAACAUUUUUACUCCUUUCAACGUCGACAAGAACCAACUGCAGAAAACACAAACAGGCACAGCUGCAGUGUUUUUUUUUGAAGUAGAAACAAAUUGCCGACAGCUCCUUUGUAGCGCGAGGGCUCGACUGUGAACAUCGAGAGCACGGCAUCAACAUUAUUAAAAGUGCACUCGGAG